AUGAGUUCAAUAAACAAUUAUUGUUCUAAUGUUCAACAAGAAGAUGCUGCGGAAACAAAUCAACCUCCAUCUUUUGAUUAUGAUUGUCCUUCGGAAACUUAUGAUAUUAUCAACACGUAUGAUAAUGAUGGAAAUAUCCAAGAUAUACAAGCUGCGGAAUUUACAAAUCAGCCCCAAACUUUUGAUUUGCCUUCUUCGGAAACAGCAGAUAUUUUUGCUUCAUUAAAUACCAACAUGUCUGAUAAUUAUGAAAGCCAUCAUCAAGAUGUUGUUAGCGAAAUGUACUCACCACAUAAUUAUAUGUACAAUCGGCCUAUCAUAUCUGAUGAUCAAAACUUUAAUCAAGGUCUAGACAUGCAGCAGCCUAAUGAUUUUCAACAAACUCCGCAACUAUUCAUCUUUCAAAAUAUUUAUGCGGGACUCACUGAUAACACUGCGACAGCAAAUACCAACAACCUUCCAAAUAAUUAUGAAAGCCAUAUUCAAGCUUCCAACAAUAUGUCUGAUUAUCACAAUUAUAAUCAAGGUUUUGAAGCUAAUACCGAACAUUCUGGCGGAAGUUGUGAAGAAGUUGAAAAAAUAAAUAAAAAUAAAACAUAUUCAUUUGUAUGGGAGGAUAUUCCAACUGAACAUUUGCUUUCUUAUUUGAAAGACAAUAAGAAAUUGGUUUUAGAACUAAAAAAGCGUGGUUCUACAGCAGGAAAAGUUAGAAAGCCGCUCUGGGAAAAAGCAUCCAUUAUGUUAAGAAACAUUAACGAUAACUACAGCAUUUAUUCUGAGAAACGGUGUGAAAUUAGGUGGAAAAAUAUUAAACAGAAUCAUGAUAAUAAGUUUGAGAAGUAUCAAUUAGAUGUUAAAGAAAUUCUUGGUGAAAAAAACUAA